CCCUCUCCUCGCGCGGUCGCGCCUCGAUCCGAGCCCUCGACCCGCUCCCGCCUCCCUGCCCCACGCCGCCGGCACCUCCUCCGCCGCCUCCUCUCCACCGCCGCCAAUGUAGCAUGGGAGGUUUCGCCCCCCGCCACGAAGAACCCGAAGAAAGCGGCACGCCCCGUCGGGAAGCGGGCGGCGCGCGCCGACCCCUCCGGCCUCCCCGACCCCCUCGCCAUACUGCGCGCCGUCGCUGCCCACGGAUCGGAUGACUUCUCCGGGAUCUACAAGAUCAACGGCUAGGGCGCAUCGCUGCUGCGCGUGUACCGCCAGCACCACGAGCGCAACGCCUGGGGGCUCCGCCGGCCACAGCAGUCCGCGCGCCUUAGCCUGGAUCCCCAUGCGUCGUCUACCCCGAUGGCGUGAGGGUGCGGACCUGAGGAAUGUGGCUGGGGACGAGGUUUGGCGGCUCCAAGGUUCGUCACCAACGUCCACGUCUCCACAAGCCCAACGAUCAGAAGCAGGCAUCCAUAUGGAGGGAUCCUUCCCUGGUUACGCUGGAGGAAGGGCUCGAACCGAGUGCGCUGCCUCCGUCUCUCUCUGGCUCCACUGCUGGUCUCCGUUGUCUGACCCUCGGCAGGCCCUCUUCCCCUCCUCCGUUUUCUACAAAAAAACAGCCAACAAAGCAUCAAUAUUAGAUGAGGCGAUUGAGUACUUAAAGUCCCUCCAAAUGCAACUUCAGAUUAUGUGGAUGACCACUGGGAUGGCGCCAAUGAUGUUUCCUGGUUCUCACCAGUUCACGCCGCCGACGGCCGUGGGGGCAUGAAUUCAGCAUGCAUGCCUGCGGCACAGAGUCUAUAUUUGUCUUUUUUGCCAAACUUGAUGCGUCGAGCUUUGAGUUACUUUACGGUUCUGGUUACUUGAAUGACCGAGGAAGAAACUGUUUACUUUUAAAUGUACUACUGCAGAUCAAAGCUGAACUCAUCUAUUUUCUUUCUUCACUCUCAGGCGAAGAUUUAUCCCAUGCAGAAAAUCUCUCAUGGUUCUACUUCUACCUUAUGUAGAAAAGCGAAUAUUAUCUGUUGAUGAGCUUUUUGCUAUUUGGUACUGACCAUAUUAGUUCCCUAGGGCUGUAAAAACAAAAACUUCAUUUCUACCCUAUGAUUAUGUGUCAAGGAUAUUUUGUAGAUUGCAAGUUUGAUUUCUUUAUCUUCAACAUGGUUGAUUUAGUUUCUCACCUUGCCUAAAAAUUCAGGUUGGAAUGUUGGCGGUCCUGCCUAUGCAGAUAAUGUAUCUGUUAUAAUGUGAUCAUGACAGAAAAUUAUUUAUUUGUUAUAUACCUGCAACUCACUUUGUUUAACUUUCACAUCACCAUUUCAUUUUUUGACAGUGGGUUAGACAAGUGUGGUUUUCAGGUGUAGUUGCCCUAUUGGUUUUAUUUACUUUUCCUGUGUUGAUUUCUCUUUUACUGUAAAGCAGAGCUGACUGCUCGUGGCAGCGCUGGAUCCGGUGGCCAGCCGUCACCGUUGCCUUUCCUCUUUGACGUGAGAGCACAUGGAGAAGGGGCUCGUGGAAGCGCUGGAUCUGAUGGCCAGCCGUCGCUGUUGCUUGUCCUCUUUGACAUAAGAUCCACACUGCUCCACUCCAUCCAGGUUCACCUCUCCGCUGCUACAUCCAUCGUUUUGGCUUGCAGGUCGCCGGCGAGGUCUCCGGCCAGUUCGCCACAUAACUUGUAGCCCAGGUCGUUGACAUAUUUGGGUUCUAGGUCACAAAAACAAAAUUUAGAGUUAAUUUAUCUGGCUCAGCAAUUUCCUGCAUUAGAUAUCCUUUUGUGCUUAGUUUUGUUGUUGUGAAUUCUCCCAUUUUUAGCUUUGAGUUAAACACACAUUUGUUUUAGUCAACUGACA